AUGAGUCUUCUUUCAACGUUUCGCAACGAUCCAUUUUUUUCUGGUGUCGAUCUACCACAAUCAUUGGCACUUGAACAUCGCCCAAGAUAUGAUAAUCAUGGUCGACAGCUAACACAACGUCAACAAAACAGUAAUCGAGAAUUAGAUAUAUUUGGUAAUCCAUUUGCAUAUAUGCAAAAUGCUAUGGAUAAUAUGCAUCAAAUGAUGAGUCAUAUAGAAACGAGAAUGAAUAGUAAUGAUUUUGGUGGACCAAAUGGUCAAGGGGUUUCAUUUAGUUCAUCAAGUGUUAUGAGUAUGGAUCGAAGCAAUGGUGGACAGCCAAGAGUUAUUCAAGCGACAUCAGAAAAAUUACAUGGACCUGAAGGUUUUUCUCGUACACGUAAAGCUGUUCGUGAUACUGGUCGAAAUUUAGAGAAAAUGGAAAUAGCUCAUCGACUUGGUGAACGUGGUCAUAGAAUAAUAAAAGAACGUGAUCCAUCUAGUGGACGCUUAUUAGAAAAUCGUGAAUUUGAAUAUAUUGAGGAUGAAAAUCAAUUUGAACGUGAAUGGUUUAAUCGAGCAGAACAAUUAGGCUUGAAAAAUAUCAAUGGACAUGGAUUUAAUUCAAAUGCAAAUAAUUUAUUAAUGACACCACCAUCAUUUGAAAAACAUCGAUCACAAUCUCAUGAACCAAGACAUUUAGCUAUUGAACAUGGACAAUCAAAUGAUAAUAAUUCACGUUAUAAACAACAUCGAAAGAAAUGA